AUGGACUCUUCCUUCGAUCUCCCCGACUCCACCGAUUGGAUCAAGACUUCCCUACCCGCGUUCGAACCGCUCGAGGCUGCGUUGCGCUGCGAAGUCUGCAAGGAAUUCUACAACAACCCUGUCAUCACGUCGUGCAGUCAUACCUUCUGUUCAAUAUGUAUACGAAGAUGCAUUGCAGCGGACGGGAAGUGUCCAAGCUGCAAGACUGGAUGUUCCAGCGACAAACUGGCGCCCAACAUUGCCGUCAGAGAAGUGGUGAUGCGGUUCCAGGAGGCGAGGCCAAAGGCUAUGGAGUUGGCGCGUGCAGACAAAGAAGGAGAGGCUGUAGCAGCGAGUAAGAAGAAGAGGAAACUAGACGAUACGGAUAUGGAAGAUGGGGACAACGUCAGGCAUACACGGUCGCGACAAACACGAACGAGAAGCCAGCGCAACAACGACAGGAGUGAAUCGCCAAUGGUCGUCGCUGAUAGCGAGGAUGAUGGCGAUGAGGAUUUCAUGCCAGACGGCAUGGCUAGGUGCCCAAUGUGCAACAAAGCGAUGAAGGCGGAGCUGGUCUACAACCAUCUGGACGUAUGCACCGGGCCUGAAGCUUCGCAGGGACGCAGUACCCGGUCAAGGACUAAAAGCGCCUUUCCACCUGCCUUCCAAAUCCGGAAGAAGGACCCCUCGCCUCCGCCUAUGAGAUUGUCACAGCUCAACUACGCUAUGUUGAAGGAGACUGCGCUGCGCAAGAAGUUACAAGAAAUUGGCAUACCUACCUGGGGUACAAAGGACUUGAUGAAGAGGCGACACAUCGAAUGGCUGAACAUCUACAACUCGAAUUGCGACGCUGAUGAGAGCGUGAGGAAGAGUAAGAAGCAGCUUUUGAGAGAGUUGGAUGAGUGGGAGCAGACACUUGGUGGGAAGGCGGGCACUAAAGAGAGCAAAAUAAUGAAGAAGGAUUUCGACGGCAAUGGGUAUGCGAAGUCACACAAAACCGAAUUUGACGACCUAAUCGCACGAGCACGGCAGAAGCGAGGCACCCCCAAGACAGACAGUGAAGAGCCUUCUGAGCGAAACACGCCUGCAAAAGAGCAGAACACCGAAUCGCAUAUUUGCCAUACGGAACCAGUCAACAGUAUCGAAAUCUCUAACCAUGGAUCAUCGUCGAACCAUGUUCCCUCGGAUAGACAAGCAUCGCCAUCGAAUAGCGGCAAUCCUUGCGAGAACAGCGAAUUAGCGCUUGAUGGUAUACGAGCGAAAGUUGAAGAAGCCAGAAUCACAUCCGCCGAAGUACCUGCCUUGACGUCUGAGCGGUCGAUAGAGGGCGGAGGAAGGCGUGGCUCGGCGACUAUGGAUGGCAUACAGAAUUCUUUAGGAAGUUCAAAUCGCAACAUGCCCAUGGUCGCGCUUCCAGAAGAACCAGUCCGAGAUGUGGAGGGAGGCACAGCUGUGCAAUAG